UACACCAGCAUGUUGAAUACUUCAUGAUUUGCAAACUCAUACAUGGAAGUAUGACAAACGUCGUCAGGAAGAAUUCAACCAGUUGCAGUAAACGAAGUUAAAUGUCAGUUUCGAAAAAAUCGCGUAUAUCGAAUAUGGCGUAUAUCGGGGAAUACCAGUAGAUAGCAUUGACUUCCAUAGGGCUUCUUUAUUUACAUUAAUUAAAAUAUUGAAAUUAGAUAUUGUAACGAGCGUGUGUGGGGUGGUUACAACAACUACAAAAAAAGAAAAGAAACUUAAUUACAACCUAUCAGCUUCAAUUUCAUUCAGAUCAAAGCUUAAAACAUCGUUUUAACACACACACACACAUGCAUAGAGUUGACAGUAAAACAUCAGACAAAAAAAAUCCGUUUGGUUCAACAACUAGCCAAUUAAUCGUUUCAUUUUUGUAUUGUGUUUUUGUUUCUCGCUUGGCACAUGUUUAUUCUCCACUUACUCACCUUACAUUCAUAUUUACCACUUCCACACUCACGCUCCCUUUCCACGCUCCACCCAGGAGCACACAAAACGGUUGGCUCCAAUCCAAUAAAAACACAAUCGACCAACCCUCCCUGGGCGAGCUGGUAGUUCAAUUAAGAUCAAAUUAAUUAUCAAGAGUUUCAUUUGAUUCUACAGUUUGUGGGAAUGCAUGGGAUGUGUCUGUGUGUGUGUGGGUGCGUUUUUUUUAUGUUUUGUUCUCUUCCACUCUUGUUCAAUUCAUUAUUCAUGCCAACUGCUGGCAAAACACUGGCCCAACGGAGCCGUUUUUGUUACCCGCUCUGUCUUUGUCUAGUGUUUAAGUUAAGCGUUGCUUCAUAAAACCGAACGAAAAAGAAAAAGGUCACCGCUCACAAAAGGGGGUUUUUGUCGGUUGCGAAAGGAUCAAAGCCUGACGUUUCGCUGCACCAAAGAGGGGUAAAGGUCACAUUGGCUACGGUGUGACACGGCCGUCUGUUAUGACCUCCGAUCGGUAAAGGCCUGCCGUGAUCCUGGCCCAGCACGAAAAUUGAACGACAAACUGAAGUGGCAAAAAACAAGGCAAGAAGAAAAAAAACAAAAAGAAAGAGUAAAAUCUCUCACAUACACACCACCAUAAACAUGUGUACGGUGCUAGGUACGGUGUAGUUCGGUUCGGAAAAUCGGUGGUAAACUGUUGAGUCGUUGAGUUGGCUUGCUGUUUGGGAAACGGCGUUCCAAAAGUGCCGUACUGUCCAGUUGUCGUGUACGCUCUCGAUGUAGAUGUGCAACGGGUUUGGGGGAAGGGGGCAAUGAGUGCCAUCCCAUACGACGCAUUGCCCUUGCCGAACCGUACAGUUAGUGGGUGGCAAAUCGACGUAUGUGAUGGUGAUGGUGGUGAAAGUGUUUCUAUCAUCUAGAGGACAAGAACAAAUAUUUACCCUUCGCCAGCGACCUCGUGCGCUUUAGUGUGUGUGUGUGUGUGUGCGUUUGUGUUUCGUAGCGUAAAGCAUCCGGGGCUGGGCGGGUUGCAGCAAUUCGGGCGUUCUCGCACCGGAUCUCGCACCCAAAAGCGGAAACAGUUUGCCACGGUCGUGCUUCCAGUACCGGCACGUACAAUCCAACCCUGGUUUGAGUUAAAACAAAAAAAAAAACGUCCUCCUGACCCGACGCUCACCAUGCCCGGGCGACGGGCGACUCGGCUAAGGGUCAGCGUGUCGAUCACGAAGCAACGAAACGGACUGGAGGAAGAAAAAAAAGAACGAAAACUUACCCCAGCAAGCAAUCUACAGUGAACAUGCAUUAAGUGGUGUGGUGCUGUGAAACUGGUACCAUACCGUAAGCGCACACGCGCUGGAUCGACUCUGGUGGCAAGUGAUUGAAAUCUAAGGCACGUGAAAAACCCAGUAGCAGUGAAACGAUCCAGCAAGCAACAGCCAACAGCAGGAGACGUAAAGAAAAACGAAACCCCCAACCCAUCAUAAUUCCGUACAUUUUGGGAGGGCACAAUUCCUAUUACACGGGCGACACGGAGCGACGUGAGCAGAAGUGAAAAUGUUAUGUGCUCGGUUUAAAAUCAUCCUUUGCCUUAUACAGCUGCUGGCAAUGAAAGUGUCCCACAGCGUGCUCGGGCUGGAGAGUGUUCACAUACAGGUACCGGUUGCGGUACUGGUCGGUACGAGUGCAACGCUCAUCUGUGAGUGCGAUCUGCCGGACGAGGAUCUCUACUCGGUCAAGUGGUACAAAGGCAAGCACGAGUUUUUUCGCUACACCUCCAAAGAGAUACCGUCGAUUAAAAUCUUCCCAAAGGCGGGCAUCAGUGUAAAUGUGAAUCUAUCGAACGCGAGCCAUCUGGUGCUGAUGAACCUGGAACCGCAGAGCAGUGGCAAGUAUAGUUGCGAAAUUACGGAGGCGGCACCAUCCUUCCACACGAAGAUAGCCACGCGCACCAUGAACGUGGUCGCUCUGCCGAUCGGUGAACCGCAGAUCGUGGACAUGAAGUCGUUCUACGGUGCGGAGGAGUUCCUGGAGGUUGAGUGCCGUGCCGGACCGUCCCUACCGGCACCGAAGCUGGAAUGGUACGUGAACGAUCUGCCACUACGCCAACCGCUGCAGCUACCGUCACGGUUGGAGUAUGCGGCCCAACCCGUCCUUCCCGGUACUGCCAGCUUCGCCAGCACUAGCAGUAGCAAACCUAGCGACCGCAGUAGCAGUAGGAAAAAACAAUCAGCCAAGUCUUCCUUGUACGCACCGACGGUACCGACGAUCUCCGAACUGGAGUCGCGCGAAAACGACCUAGAGGAGGGAACGGUGCGCACUGGAACGGGUGCGUCUACCAGUCGGCCACUACCGGCGGCCGUUAGCAUCGUCCAGGAACCAACGGCCAACAGUAGUACAUCCGCUGAACACCGGAAAGGCGCCACCAACAGUCGCUACGAGCUAUCCGUGUCCCGGUUGAAGUUGCUGCUCGAGCACGGACACUUCCGCAACGGCAAGCUAAAGGUGGAGUGUGCUGCCCAUAUCUUCGACCUGUACCGGCACUCGACGGUAGCGAUGGCGGACGAGAACUAUCCCCAGGUGCGCGUGCUUUCCAACAGCGAUAAUGGUGUACACUUUUCCUUCAUGAGCGACAAGGACGAAGCAUCAUCUUCGGCUUCUCCACCUUCGCUGUUGGCGUUUCAUCCUGGGAAGCUGGUACGUCUGUUCGAUGCUGCCGGUAGAUGGUUAUUUGGAACGUUACCACUAUACACCACGACGAUGCACGGUGACGCGAUAGCGAUUGUGGACACUGGACAGAUGGCUGGAUUCGAUCCAAUCGGUGGCAUCAUUCCGUAUGCGCUGCUGAUGGGCGUUGGCUGGUUCAGUUCGCUGUGGCAGUUCUUUUAGGCAGUUCUUCACUAGGCACCACGGGUAGACACUGCACGAAGCAACGUUGCAAACGUCCAGUACGUCCCGUGUUGUACGUUUAUGCUUUCAUUCUUCCACCCUCACACAACGGUCCGCUCCAUUCCUAUCCCUUCCAAUCCAGCAGAAACGAAAUCAUUCCAAAGUUUGCCAACGAAUUGCUAAACGAAUUUAUUCGCACCCAACGCGUACGCCUUGGACGUGCAACAGUGUGUAAUGCUACUGUAUAGCUAUGUAGUAGGUCAUGUCACAGCUUCAAACCACUUCUUACUGUUUGAUCGGGUACGAUCCGUCACUUUUCCGCAUUCCUUCCCUUCCCAUUCCAUGCCUCACCAAACAUAAAUGACAAAAAAAAAAAACAGCAUCGAAGUGAAAAGCGAUUCACAGAAAUUCUUGUCUGGUUAAAUAGUUACCUAAUCCCGGUUAUGUGACAAACGAAUAGGUAGAAACGUGUAUGAGUGAAACGGUACGAGACAAGGGGGGGGGGGGGGGGGAGCAAUCAAAGCAGCGUUUUCGAAGGCAACGGAAGACGCUAGUUCAGGUCUCUGGCAAACAUUAUUUAGUGUGUAUACUACUCGUUAUCGACUGGUUUGGUUGUGUGUGAUUCAUGUUCGACGUUUCGACGGCUCGGUUCGAAGCAAUUAGUUCCGGGUACCGGAGAAGGCCGAGUUUGUUCGUCCGAUUCCUGCUCCCCCUUCCCUUCCGCCCUUUUUUCCCAACAUGCUCCACUUCCUUCACCUUUCCUUCCACAUCCCUCCCACACCUAGCGUGACACAGCAAAAUGCUCCGGAGGUAAAAUAUUAAAUCGAGCGAUAAAGCAAGCAAGCAAGCUAAAGCUUUUCCAAACCGCUUCCAAUAGGGAAGCGAACGAAAUGAACGGAGAAGAGCAUAAAUUAAAUUCAUAUUGCCCGCUUUCAACCCUCCACUAGCAUAACCUUCUGUCCCCACCCCCUCCCCCAAACUCAAACGACUGAGUGAGUGUGUUGGAUUUUGUUUUUGUCGAGUAUGAGUGAGUGUAUCUGUGUGCUAGGAUGUGUGUUGCAAGCCCGAGUAGGGGAGAAGGGAGGGAGGGGAUGGGAGUAAGACACGCACGUUUCGUGUUAGAAGGAAUGCUCCCUGUUUAAAUCAUGUUGUAAUUUAAAUAAUGUUAGCAAAUGCAACUAAAUCGCUCUACCCCAUGCUCAUUCUCCUGUCGAUCCACCUUCCCUUCCCUAUAACUCUCUCACUCCAUGUCCCCUUGUCCUCUGUUUCUUUUGGGAGGGUUUGGGUGCUGCAUUGUAUAAAGCGGAUUCCCUACCGUGAUUUUCCCAAUCUGGCAGAAAAACAAACGAAGUAAAAUAAGCAACGAAGCAGAGGAAGGUAACAGGUACAGUGUGUGGCACUUAAAUACCGAUUCAUUCCACAUACAUAGCUGAACGAUCUUCGCACGAAGAGAAGAUUUUGUUUUUCUUUUUUCUAAAAUCAAUCACAUGUAUAAGUUUAGGGGGCACACAUGCUGUGCGGGGCGAAUGUUGCAGUUCAGAAGGGUUUAGAAAGUAAGUUCUGUUAUGCGUGUUUGCAUACCGUCGGGCUGAAAUCAUACAGUGCAUAUUUGUUCCCAAGCUGAGCGGAAGAAUUUGCUCUGCAUUUGUAUCCCACAGAGUUAUGACGCCUGAAACUAUGCAACAGUCAUUUGAAAGCGGCUUUUUUGUUUGUUCGAGAUUCUACCUGUCGGGAGAAUGUUGGCUGGACAUUCAAUAUUGCAUACCUUCGGCCGUAUAUGAGUUUUGUGGGUAAAGCACACUCUUCGGCUACUGUGAUGCAUGCGAUUCACAAACUACAAAAGCAUCUUUUGAAUUCCUGGCAAGAUACACACUUGAGAGUCGAAUUUAAUACAAAACUCCGUUCGUUUUUUUCUGUUGUAAUGGUGCCACAUACUGUAGUAUAGUAAAUUAGAAUAAAUUAAAAGAAAAAUUAAGAUAGUAAGGAAGAUUGAGGUGCAGCUGAAACGGUGUAUUUCAAGGAUGAGAGCGAGAGCGAGAGGAUCCAAAGGAUUCGGUAAGCAGUAGUUAGGAAGGAGGAAUAGAAUGUAAGAUGCAAGAAGAAAACAAAAAUCACACACUCAAACAAAGCGAAGCGUUAAGAGUUUACAUGUAAAGACAAAGGAAGUAAAAAAACCCCAAAAACACACACACACAUAUAUAGAAGAACUAAAGAGCUACUGCUCCCACCCAGUUCAUUCCCUUUCCCUUAAACCACCAAAUCACGCACAAGUGAGAAGUGCGUGCGUAUUUGUGCGUGUCCUAUCCAAAGACAACAACAAAAAAAACUACAAAUAAAAAUCGAGCCAUGAUAAGGCUAUUAUGUUUUCUAUAAAACAAAA